CGCACGCACGCGCCCUGACGUCAUCACUGUACGUCGCCGUCCUGCCGCAUCAGUAUAUUCUGAUGUUAUGAUGGAUAAACACUACAAAUCAUCACUACAGCUUUAAUUUAUUACACAAACAGCGAUAUGGCGGAGGCAGAGGGCAUCAGCAGUGGCACUCCUACAGAGGAGAUGAACGGCGCUGGGAACCUGAUGGACUUCUUGGACGAGCCGUUCCCAGACGUUGGCACUUACGAGGACUUUCACACCAUCGACUGGCUGAGAGAGAAAUCCAGAGACACGGACAGACACCGGAAGAUCACCAGUAAGAGUAAAGAGUCCAUCUGGGAGUUCAUUAAGAGUUUGCUGGACGCCUGGUCAGGAUGGCUGGUGAUGCUGCUGAUUGGUCUGCUGUCAGGCACGCUGGCUGGAGUGAUCGAUCUGGCUGUUGAUUGGAUGACGGAUCUGAAGGAAGGCGUGUGUCUGUCUGCGCUCUGGUACAGUCACGAGCAGUGCUGCUGGACGUCCAAUGAGACCACUUUCGCCGACAGAGACAAAUGUCCUCAGUGGCAGAAAUGGGCUGAACUGAUGACGGGAUACACUGAGGGCGCAGGUGUGUAUGUGCUGAACUACUUCCUGUACGUGAUGUGGGCGCUGUUCUUCUCCUUCCUGGCUGUGUCUCUGGUGCGAGUGUUCGCUCCAUACGCCUGCGGAUCAGGAAUACCAGAGAUAAAGACGAUCCUGAGCGGCUUCAUCAUCCGCGGGUAUCUGGGCAAGUGGACGCUGCUCAUAAAGACGGUGACGCUGGUGUUGGCCGUGUCGUCUGGCCUCAGUCUGGGGAAGGAAGGGCCGCUCGUGCACGUCGCCUGCUGCUGCGGGAACCUGUUCUGCAGCCUCUUCUCCAAAUACAGCAAGAACGAGGGCAAACGCAGAGAGGUUUUGUCGGCAGCUGCGGCCGCAGGAGUGUCGGUUGCAUUCGGAGCUCCAAUUGGAGGAGUUCUGUUCAGUCUGGAGGAGGUGAGUUAUUAUUUCCCUCUGAAGACGUUAUGGCGGUCUUUCUUCGCGGCGCUGGUGGCGGCUUUUACGCUGCGCUCCAUCAACCCGUUUGGCAACAAUCGUCUGGUUCUGUUCUACGUAGAGUAUCACACGCCGUGGUACAUGGCCGAGCUGGUGCCAUUCAUCCUGCUGGGUGUGUUCGGGGGCCUCUGGGGGACGCUCUUCAUCCGCUGCAACAUCGCUUGGUGCCGGCGGCGCAAGACCACGCUGCUGGGCAAGUACCCGGUGCUGGAGGUGAUCGUGGUGACGGGGAUCACGGCCGUGCUGGCCUUCCCCAAUCCCUACACGCGGCGCAGCACCAGCGAGCUGAUCUCAGAGCUGUUCAACGACUGCGGCGCGCUCGAGUCCUCGCAGCUCUGCGACUACAUCAACAACCCCAACAUGACCCGGCCCGUGGACGACAUCCCCGACAGACCCGCCGGCCCCGGCGUCUACAACGCCCUCUGGCAGCUCGCGCUGGCGCUCGUCUUCAAGAUCGUCAUUACCAUCUUCACAUUCGGCAUGAAGAUCCCGUCGGGUUUGUUCAUCCCCAGUAUGGCGGUGGGCGCCAUCGCCGGCCGUAUCGUGGGCAUCGCGGUGGAGCAGAUGGCGUACCAUCAUCACGACUGGAUCAUCUUUAAGAACUGGUGCCGUCCAGGUGCAGACUGCGUCACUCCGGGUCUGUACGCCAUGGUCGGCGCCGCUGCGUGUUUGGGCGGCGUGACGCGGAUGACGGUGUCUCUGGUGGUCAUCAUGUUCGAGCUGACCGGCGGUCUGGAGUACAUCGUUCCUCUGAUGGCGGCCGCCGUCACCAGUAAAUGGGUGGCCGAUGCUUUCGGUAAGGAGGGCAUUUACGAAGCUCACAUCCAGCUCAACGGCUACCCGUACCUGGAUCAGGACGAGUUCACGCACCGUACGCUGGCCACCGACGUGAUGCGACCGCGCCGCAACGAGCCGCCGCUGGCCGUCCUGACGCAGGACAGCACCACGGUGGAGGACGUGGAGACACUCAUCAAAGACACCGACUACAACGGCUUCCCUGUGGUCGUCUCGCGCGAGUCCGAGAGGCUCAUCGGCUUCGUGCAGAGACGCGACCUCAUCCUGGCCAUCAAGAACGCGCGUCAGAAGCAGGACGGGGUCGUCAGUAACUCUGUGGUGUAUUUCACUGAAGACGCUCCGCAGAUUCCCGCCUCGAACCCGCAGCCGCUCAAACUCAGACGCAUCCUGAACCUCAGCCCCUUCACCGUCACUGACCACACGCCCAUGGAGACGGUGGUGGACAUCUUCCGCAAGCUGGGUCUGCGCCAGUGUCUGGUCACACGCAGCGGACGUUUGCUGGGAAUCAUUACUAAGAAGGAUGUUCUGCGACACAUGGCGCAUAUGAUGAACCAGGAUCCCGAAUCAAUCAUGUUCAACUAGCAGCGCUGUGAGGCGCGGACUGAAGCUGUACAUACCGCACAACAUCUGAUCUGUUACUAAACACACUAAAACAUGGCCAAAAGCGGACGACGGGAAGAUAUACGAGUGUUUUUUACUGCUGUUUUUGCCAUAUUUAUAUUUUACGUGCAUUGCUUAGUUUAAGCCGUGAUGAUCAACUGUUAACCGUGUGAUGAAAAUGAGGGCAUCUGACAGGUUUUACUGUGAUUUUGAAGCGAAAGCUGCUACGCUGGAUGUGAAAUGUGCAAAUGAGGGUCAUUUCAUGGGUACGUCGGGUCUUUGUGAGUUUAUUAUAUUCGUUUAUUGAAUGCAAAAGGUCAAAAUGGAAAAAUAAUUAAGAAUACUAAUCUGCUGUAUGAUAGUGACUGUUUUGUCCAACACUAUAGGUUUGUGGGAAUCAUAUCUGUUUUGUUAUUAUUUAUUAAUUUAAUGUGAAUGUUAGUUUUGAGCUACAAGAAUGGUGAGUUUUUUUGCUGUUUUAUUGAAUCAUGAAUAUUGUCAUUGCAAAAUAAACACUGCAUCUCUGUUACAGAUAUUAAUGUUCAUCUGCUACUCCAGUUCAGCACAUAAAACUGAGGGUAUGUUAUAAUAAUAAAAAAUGGUAUUAUUAAAUACCAAAGUAGUUUCAUUGCAUUCAUUUUUAUGUUUAAUUCAUAAAAUAUUUUCAGGAAGUACAGUGAAAAUUAUAUACAGCUUAAUGGUGAUUGUCCCGUAUUGUCAUUUUCUGAAGUUGCAACCCUAGACAGAAGGUAGGGUGACCAUACGUGCCAUUUUACCACGUCCAUGUCAGGAUUAGUUUUGGCUUUGUUUUCAUGCUCGCUGAAGGAAAUGAUCGGGGAUGAUAGUAACACUUUUUGUUUGAGCAUCAGUAACUCAGUGGUUGUUUGUGCUAGAUCUCUCAAACGUUGAUACAUCGUAGCCACAUUUGUCUACUACAAAUAAAAUUAAGAUAGAUGUGACAGGGUGAAGUAAUUUGCUGAAAUAAGACCCACACAUACAAACUUUAUUGAGGAACAAAAAAGAAUCAGUUUUGAAUAAAGUGAACCAUUUAAAGUGACAAAAAACUUUAUAUUGUAUACCUUUUAAAUUUAGCACAAAAACAAUUGCUGUAUGUGUGUGUGUGUGUGUGUGUGUACUGUGUUCCUGUCACAUAAGGGUUCAGUCACUAGCUGUGUUGCCAUCUACCUACUUUUAUGUGAAUUUUGGAAUGCUGUAUGGAAAUGUUCAAGUGCGCAGAAAUUCUAAAAAUGUGCACAAAAAACGUAUAUGUGACCCUGGACGACAAAACCAGUCUUAAGUGUCAAUUUUUCGAAAUUGAGAUUUAUACAUCAUCUGAAAGCUGAAUAAAUAAUAUUUCCAUUGAUGUAUGGUUUGUUAGGAUCGGACAAUAUUUGGCUGAUGCGCAACUAUUUGUAAAUCUGGAAUCUGAGGGUGCAAAAAAAAAAAUCUAAAUAUUGAGAAAAUUGCCUUUAAAGUUGUCCAAAUGAAGUUCUUAGCAAUGCAUAUUACUAAUCAAAAAUUAAGUUUUGAUACAUUUACAGUAAGAAAUUUACAAUAUCUUCAUGGAACAUGAUCUUUACUUAAUAUCCUAAUGAUUUUUGGCAUAAAAGAAAAAUGGAUCAUUUUGAGCCAUACAAUGUAUUUUUGGCUAUUGCUACAAAUAUACCCCAGCGACUGGUUUUGUGCUCCAGGGUCACAUAUGUGCUCAUUUGAGGCGGAUAGUGUUUUUGUCCAAUAAAAAAUUAUGCACAUAAACUAUGAUGGAAACAUAUUUUACAUAAAUCCCUUGAUGUGCAACAAAAACCUCACAUGACUUUGCCUCAGUAGAGGAUGUGAUUGGAUAACUGGACUCAUUGUAAUCAUUAAGAGUUGGUUGUAACAUUUUUAAUAAACUGUUACAACUAUCCCCACCUCAACUGUUUGAGCAUGUGGGGUUUAAGUUAGCACGAAUGCAAAGUAUCUAAUUACACUAGAGAAACAGCUACUUUAGGUUAUGUAAGUCAAAAAAUUAUCUUAAUGAAAAAUAUUACUUUCUUUCCUGAAAAUCUGUUUUUUGGUCAUAAAAUCUACAAUGUUGCUCGCAUUCACAUGCCACUUUUUCUGUAACAUAAACGAUGUGAAUGUAGUGUAUGAUAUUGAUGACAUGACCACAGCUCUUUUCUGACUUGUCAAACUGACCGUGUUACAACACUCCCCGGUCUCCCCCUAGAAAUCCUGGCCAGGACACGUCCGGGGACAAUGGCACGUAUGGUCACCCUAAAGAGGGGCACACGUUGCCAGUAUGAAAGCACAAGAA